UCAUAUAUUGAUGAUAAUCCUGGUUUUAUCAAUAAGGUUAUCAAGAGUAUACAUUGACUUGAGCAAACAGACGUUCAAUCGUCCGAACAGUGCAAGUGGCGAUUGCUUCAGCCAAGUACUUAGCAUGAUACAUGACACAUACUUCAGUGCUGUUCCAUUUAACAAGGAACUAAAAUCUUACAUUUUGCAUUCAAAUAAAUCUGUAAAUCAGCACUGCAGAAGUCACUGAAGGCCUUGAACACGUAUCGUGAAAUACAUUGUUUUAAAUAGUAUCUGAAGAUUUGAGUGUACCGAGUGAAUACCAAACACAGCAAAAAUGUAUGGAAGCAUGGAUAAGGAAGACGAAGUGCUGAGGCAGCUACAAGUCGAAAGACCACUCUAUGAACAAGACGCUUUGAACAGAGCUUACCACUACGAGAGGCCGAAGAAUUCGUUUGUUAGGAACGCAAAAGAGUCUGUGAAAUCGAAAAGCUGUGGGUCAUGCAUUACUUCCACAAUACCGGCGCUAAAUUGGCUCAGAAAUUACGAAUGGAAAAAAGACAUCUGCUCCGAUCUGAUCUCCGGUUUGACUGUCGCCAUCAUGCACAUACCCCAGGGAAUGGCGUACGCUCUGCUUGGAAACGUACCACCGGUCGUAGGCAUAUACAUGGCUUUCUUCCCAGUAUUAGUUUACUUUUUCUUAGGAACUUCGAAGCACGUUUCAAUGGGUACGUUCGCUGUUGUUUGUCUGAUGACGGGGAAGGCGGUCACCGCUCAUGCCACUUUUCCAGAUGCAUUGGCUCAAUCAAAUGUGACAAACCCUACGUUAGCAUCGGAUGUACCAGUGGUUACUUACACUCCUAUCGAGGUGGCUACAACCGUCACUUUUAUGGUGGGAAUACUUCAGCUGGCAAUGUACUUAUUCAGACUAGGCAUAAUCAGCACCUUACUCAGUGAGACUCUGGUGAAUGGUUUCACUACUGGCGCUGCUGUCUGGGUACUUAUAUCUCAAAUAAAAGAUCUCCUUGGCUUACAGCUGCCCAAGCAAAAGUCAAUGUUCAAAUUAAUAUUCUCUUGCAUAGAUAUUUUCAACGAACUACCAAAUGUGAAUAUAGCUGCUGCUAUAAUCUCUACAGUUGCGAUAAUAAUCAUGGUUUUUAACAAUGAAAUAAUCAAGCCAUAUAUUGCUAAAAGAUGCAGCAUACCGAUACCGAUUGAAUUAGUGGCUGUUGUUACUGGCACUUUAAUAUCUAAUUACGGCAAUCUACCAGAGGUCUACAACAUCCGAACUGUUGGUGACAUUCCUACAGGACUGCCGAUACCGAAGCCUCCCAGUUUCUCUUUACUGCCUGCAAUAGCAUUCGAGAGUAUUGCGAUAACCAUGGUCUCGUAUACUAUAACGAUGUCAAUGGCAUUGAUAUUUGCACAGAAGUUAAACUACGAAGUGAAUUCCAAUCAAGAGCUCUUAGCAAUGGGGAGCAGUAAUAUCGUUGGAUCUUUUUUUUCCUGCAUGCCAGUCACUGCCUCCCUCAGUCGAUCAUUGAUACAGCAGACAACUGGUGGAAAAAGCCAACUCGCCAGUAUUGUGUCAUGUGGAAUAUUAUUGACGAUUCUUCUCUGGAUCGGACCUUUUUUUGAACCUUUACCCAGAUGCGUACUCGCAUCGAUUAUUGUUGUAGCACUCAAGGGAAUGCUUUUACAAGCAUGUGAAUUGAAGAAAUUUUGGAAACUAAGUAAACUGGAUGCUGCUGUUUGGAUUGUCACUUUCCUUGCGGUUGUCCUCGUAAAUAUUGACAUUGGUCUAGUCGUCGGAUUGCUUGUUUCAUUGACAAGCAUAUUUGUGCAAUCCAUCAAGCCAUACACAUGCCUCUUGGGUCACAUUCCAAACACAGAUUUGUACUUGGAUUUGCGACGAUUCAAGGGUACAACGGAGCUCUGUGGAAUAAAAAUUUUCCACUACUGCGGUGGUUUGAAUUUUGCCAAUUCCGGACAUUUGAAGUCGGAAUUAUUCAAACUAGUGGGAGUCGUACCGCGCGAGGUGGUGGAAGAGAGAAGAAAACUCGCUAAAAAAGGAUUGUAUCCCGAUCCUCUUGGUAGUGAGGAUAAAGAAGCUCUCAGGUGUAUUAUACUAGAUUUAAGCGCUCUGAGUUACAUCGAUCCCAGUGGUAUAAAUACACUCAGAUUUCUCACUACAGAGUUUGAGAAAAUAGAGAUUCCCGUAUAUCUAGCUGGCUGCUCGGGUCCCGUUUUUGAACAGAUAGUAAAAUGUGAUCAAUUUCAGAACAAGGAGCCAAGUUUUAAAAUUUUUGUCGGUGUGCACGACGCUGUUACUUUCACUCAACACGAAUUGUUCAAAUGACAGAAGAAUACAACAUAGCUAUUCAACAAAUUAUUAUCUCUUAUGCUAUGAGCGCGUUCAAAAGUUCCGAACAUAUUUGCUUUGAACAGACACUAAAGAAAUAGAAAAAAAAAGUCUCGUAAAUAUCAAGAUUUCUUGUAGAAUUUCGGUCUUCUAGUAUACUAUCUAGCAAUAUUUCUUGUUAGCGCAGAGUGUUACGUUACACAAAUUGCUACGCUAUUUAAAAAUGCAACGAGUAUUUAGCCGAAAGACGAGUACACAGUGAUAGAUUGAUGCUUCACGAAAAAUCAUCAACUUGUCGUAACCAACUCAUAUUUCGGCCUAUUCGAAUUAUUAUUAGGUUUUCUAUGCUCGUUAAGAGAUGUAUAUUUUUAUACGUUAUUUGUAAUUCAUUGCUAGGUAUACCACCGUUCAUACGAUAACAUGUCGUGAUGUAAAUAUAUUUUUUUACGGUAGAUCAUCCGACAAUAUUAGCAAAUACUUGAUUCGUAUUCUACUAUUUAUACUUCUUUGUUACUUGGUGAAUACUAUUUUAGAAAAUUUUCAAAACGCGUUUGCUAUGCAACGAACACAAGUACUUAGUUCUUAUUCGCUGUAAUUAAUGAUACUGAGAUGCAGCAAAAAAAACAUACGAUAUUUAUCGAUUUUUCAACCAGUUGAAAUGUGAUUACUGCAGUUACCUUAAAUUUACAAUCGAUGUGAAGUUGUGCCAGUAAUUUGAUUGGUGCUCAUAAAAGAAAUUAUGUCCAAAAUUACCAUUUUUAUAUUAUUGUUGAAUCUGUUCCACGAAAUUAUGACAUUUAAUCGUGAAGUGAACUCAAUUACAUUCCUUGAUUCCAACCAGUUGAAGGAGACACAGAGUUUUGAUUCGUAAUAUUUCAGUAAAGACUUAUACCGUCAAACUCAAUUAUAUAUGAAUUGCUGUACAAAUUUGCGACAGUAUAAAAUUGAGGGAGUUCCUAAUGAUAAGCAUUGUGAUAACAAUGUAUUGUAACUCGUCUCAAGAUUCUUUAGUUAAGGUUUACUGAUAAGCGAUGCGUGAGGUUUCAUAAUCAGUCAACAUUUUGCGCUGAGCCGACUAAUUUAAAAAUGCGCGUAUAAGAGGAGAUGGUGGAUAGAAACAUGGCUGUAACAGGAUUAUGGUUUGAUACUUAAAUGUGAAUAAUUGUGAUUGGAUUAGCUAAAUGAUUAUGACAUGUUAUACGAUGAAGCGAAUUAUUAUAUGGGUAUAUUUGUAAGGAAGUGGAAAGAAAGAUUAAAACAUGUUUAUACGAUGAA